AUGUUCGUUUCUCGACUGCUUCGAUCGUUGAUCGCCCUUCCUUACUCGUCUUCUUCAUCCAGAUUCAUUACUAAUGCAGCCGAUCGAACUAAUCAGCUAUCAUUAGAAUUGAAAUCAAUCAACGAUACACAUGCAACAUUACUUAUUGAUGGCAAAGAAGCUAAAUUUGAUUGGAUAUUUUUACGAGAUUCAUGUCAAUGUACACAAUGUAUAGAUUCAUCAACCCGACAAAAACUGCACAAUACAACUGAUGUUCCCCUAACGAUUGCUCCGCGAAACGAAGGAGUACAGAUUUUGAAUGACAAUAGUCUUGAAAUAUUGUGGAAUAAACCAUUACUAAACUGUCAAGGUAUAACUGAACAUCGUAGUUCAUAUUCAAAUAUUUGGUUACGAACUUAUUCAUCAUUGAGUAAUAUUGCGCGAGCAAGAUAUCAUGAUCGUCCCGCGGUCUAUUGGAAUCGAAAGGAUAUCGAAAGUGUCAAUCUUCGUGUUCAAUGCGACGAUUAUCUUCAUUCCGAUCGAGGACUUUAUCAUACAUUAAAACUUCUAAAUGACUACGGUUUAAUCUUUAUUGAUAACGUUCAAGGAGAACUGGCUGUUGAACAAUUAACUGAAAGAAUUGGAGAAAUUCGUCACACAUUCUACGGCAAAUCUUGGGAUGUGAAAAGUACUGAAAAAGCGAUCAAUGUCGCUUACACAUCGCAAGCACUUGGCUUACAUAUGGAUUUAUUAUAUUUUGAAGCACCACCCGGUUUGCAAUUUCUACAUUCAUUGACGAAUGAUGUUCGAGGUGGAGCAUCGUAUUAUGUUGAUGCAUUUCGAGCAGCUGAAACACUUCGUCGACAAAAUCCUCAAGCAUUUCGCCUACUUUGUUCGUAUCCCGUUACUUUUCAUUAUCGAAAUGCUGGUCGGCAUUAUCAUUUCACUCGACCGACUAUUGUCUUAAAUCCGUUUUCAUCCGAUCAACGUAUCGAUCAUAUUAAUUAUUCACCACCAUUUCAAGCACCGUUUGAGAGUGAUACAUCAAAAGAAGAGUUUCGACAAUUUAUUCAAGCAUUUCAACGAUUCCGUGAUUUAUUAGAAGACCCUAGCAAUUCAUACGAGCUUAUGUUGAAGAAAGACCAAUGUGUUAUAUUUCAUAAUCGACGAAUUCUUCAUGCACGACGAGAAUUCGAUGCAUCGAGCGGCAGUCGAUGGCUCAAAGGAUGCUACACUGAUUUAGAUAACUUUCAAGAUCGAUUGAGGACUUUUCAAGAAAAAUUUCAUCCCGUUGCCGAUGUUCAUAUAUAA